AUGGACUCAAGAAAGGUCCAUGGACGCAAGAAGAAGAUGCCAAACUCAUGGAGUAUAUUCGAAUUCAUGGACCGGGAAACUGGCGAACACUCCCCACAAACGCCGGGCUUGGAUUGGUUUUUGCUAAUAAAGAAACCGUUAAUCGUCACAGGCCUUCAACGAUGCGGAAAAAGUUGUCGGUUGAGGUGGACAAACUACUUGAGGCCUGAUAUCAAGAGAGGAAGAUUCUCGUAUGAAGAAGAGGAAACUAUCAUUCAACUCCAUAGUGUGUUGGGAAAUAAGUGGUCAGCAAUCGCAGCUCGAUUGCCUGGAAGAACUGACAACGAAAUCAAGAACUACUGGAAUACGCACAUUCGGAAAAGGCUACUCAAAAGCGGUAUUGAUCCAGUGACUCAUAGUCCUAGGCUUGAUCACUUGGACCUCUCUUCUAUACUCAACUCAGCUCAACUCAGCCUCUCAAACCUUUUGAACUUCCAAACACUUUUAAAUCCCGAAAUAUUAAAGCUUGCCACUCUUCUAGCAUCUUCAUCAUCAAAUCAAGAAAACCUAAUGAAUCAUAUGGACCAAGCCCUAACCAAUCAUCAGCUUCCAAGCUGCACCUCAAUGCCCACAAGCAGUCAAUAUCUUUCUCCAAACAUGUACGGACAAAUUGUUGAUGAAACCCUGAUGCCGCCAUGCCUACCCAAUAAUCAUGGGAUGCUACCAAGCCAGAAUUUCAACUUUGAUUCAGCGUUAUCAACGCCGAUGUCAAGUCCUACGCCGCUAAACUCAUCAUCGACACUAGUCAACAGCAGUAGCACUGAGGAUGACAGAGAAACGUAUUGCAGUAUGUUUAAGUUUGAGAUUCCAGAGAGCUUUGAGUUUGAUGAUAUCAUGUGAUGAAUAGAUUACAAUGUUAAUGGAACUCUUUUGGGUAUGUUAGUAUGUGGCGUUAUUUAUUUAUUGAUUUUUUUGUGAA